UGGGACUUGCUCAACUGCUCUAAGUAGGAAGUUGUUAUUUUACUUUCUCCUUCCUCCAUGUACCAUAAGCGGAGACGACGGAUAUUUGGAAACUGUCGUGGCUUCUUUCAAGUUACAAAAACCCAGUACAAAAACACCGGUACAGCGACGUCCAUUCCUAUUUACCUCUUUCGCAUGUUUUAGUCGGAACGCAGGGAACACAGAAAUGCUCACAAGCCGAGACGUUAGAAGACGCGGUAGCACUGUUACGGUUGGCAAAAGACACAUUUUUCUAGUCAGACCCCUGCUCUCCUGACCCCCCAAAUUUUCAAAUUCUGGGACAUGGUUCGCAAAAGAGGCUCCCUAAUUCUCUGUUGCACAUUCUUGUUUAUCACCUGGAAUGCCAUACUUGUACUUCUGCUGAGGGACAGAUCCCCGCCUGUGCAGUCGAGAGUACCUGGUGGAGAGCACAUGGAACUUGUCUCAAAGCCUACUCAUUUUGCUGUGGGGGAUGUGAUGCGAAUGGUGGAGACAUUUGAAGCAGAGCUGGAAUUGCAAAAAAAAAUCUUGUUACAGAUCCAAAGCCAUCGGGUGCCGUUUGAGCCAUUAAAAGGUUCCAAACAAAACAUUGUGGCGAAUACUGAGCAUAUCAUUCCAAUCCUGGUUAUCGCAUGUAACAGGGUGACGAUAAAGCGGUGUUUGGACAAACUCUUGCAGUACCGCCCUUCCGCAGAGCUUUAUCCAAUCUUAGUGAGCCAGGAUUGUGGACAUGCUGAGACUUCGAAGGUGAUUCAGUCUUACAGGAAUCAAGUGACUCAUUUGAAACAGCCCGACUUGUCAGACAUCCCUGUGCGUCCAGAGCAUAAGAAGUUUCAGGGCUAUUACAAGAUCUCCAGACAUUACCGUUGGGCACUCAACCAAGUAUUCAAGACGCUUUCUUAUUCCUCCGUUGUGAUUGUAGAGGAUGAUUUGGAGGUGGCAUCAGAUUUCUUUGAGUAUUUCCAAGCCUUGCUGCCUCUUCUGAAAUCUGAUCCCAGCCUAUGGUGUGUAUCUGCUUGGAAUGACAACGGUAGGGACGGUUUUGUAGAUCCAGCAAAGGUGCAACUGCUUUACCGGACAGACUUUUUUCCUGGUCUUGGCUGGAUGCUCUUGAGGGAAUUAUGGGAGGAGCUUGAGCCAAAAUGGCCCGCAUCUUUUUGGGAUGACUGGAUGCGUCUGCCUGAGCAACGUCGCAAUCGCGCCUGUGUCCGACCAGAAAUUUCUCGUACAUUAACAUUUGGUCGUCAAGGUGUUAGUCUUGGUCAGUUUUAUGAUAAGUACUUGCGUUUUAUAAAACUGAAUACAGAAUAUGUGCCUUUCACAAAGCUGGACCUAGCUUAUCUUGGGGAAGAGACAUACCAAGAACAUUUUGAGAAGGAAGUUUACAACGCUCCCUUAGUCACCUAUGAAGAGGUUAAACAAGGGCAACUGAAGGGAUCUGGACCCUUUCGCCUCCAAUACUCAAGUAAGGACAACUUCAAAAUACUAGCCAAAAACCUGGGAAUCAUGGACGACCUGAAAUCUGGAGUCCCAAGAACAGGAUACAGAGGAAUUAUUAGUUUCAUCUCAAGAGGGAGGAGAAUAUAUUUAACUGCCCCGCCAGGAUGGAAACACUAUGAUCCCUCUUGGAGCUGAUAAUCCGGGUCAAAUCCCUUUUUUUGGGUGUCACUUCAAGUCUUGAACACUAGAUAAAAUUUGAAGAAUUAAAAAAUGUUUCUGGAAAUAAUGUUACAUUUGAACCAACUGUAAUUCAGGGAUAACCCCAAACACCCUCAGUUCGAUCAAUUUUGCAAUUUUUAAAUAUGUAAUUGUGUACUAGCAAGACUGAAAGAAUCUGCUCCAUUUAUAUUAUGACUUUCACACUGCUAUUUAAACACCUGAUACAUAUUUUAAUGCUUGGUUUGUUUGUUUUUUAAUUCAAAAACACGUUUAUUCUUCAUUCAUCUUUGCAUUUUGUGUCUUUGUACGGAGAAUAGAGCUAUUUCGGCUGUUACAUUCAACAUUUUAAAGAGCCACUAUUAUGCAAAUAAAACGUUUCCUUGAGCCCAAUAAAAUGUUAGAUGUUUGUAAGAUGCUUUUGUAAAAAAAAAAAA